AUGGCUUAUAACUUGCGCUCUCGUACAAUUCGCGAGGAAUUGCUUGAUGAGUCCGAAGAACAGCCAAUUCUUGGCGGCGAUGACACUGAUGGAGCCGAAGACCACAUGUCCGAGCAAUCGGAGGAAUCUUCGAGUGAUGGCGAAGAAAGCAGCCGGCUAUCGGAGGCUGGUCAGAAUAUUAUUCCUGGCCCGGUAAACACAGAGGCGUCAACGAUUGAAGAGUUCUGGAGUCUCCUGAUUAAUGAUGAAAUCAUCAAUUUAAUAGUUCAGCACACAAAUGCAAAGAUCAAGGAUGUGUGCGCAAAAAUGAUGGCAGAGGAUCAGGACACGCAGACCGGGAUGUGGAAGCAGUCUUCGGUGCAUUACGAGCGGCUGUGGGAUAGAAGUAACGGUACCACGACCUACAGAUGCACGAUGCCAAAGGCAAGGUUCAUGUUUUUGUCGUCAAGCUUGCGCUUUGACGACAAAACAACGAGAAGUGCGACCGAUAAAUUUGGCCCGAUUCGUGCUGUCUGGGAUAUUUUCAUUCGUAAUUGCCAGCGCUAUUAUAAGCUGCACAAUAAUUGCACCGUUGACGAGCAGCUUCUUGGCUUUCGUGACAGAUGCUCGUUUAGGAUGUACAUCAAGUCGAAGCCAGAUAAAUAUGGCUUGAAUAUCGUCAGCUUGAAUGACGCCUGCACAUCGUACAUGUACAAUGCCAUCCCUUAUCUCGGAAAAACGAGUACUCCGCCUAAUGAGUCUGUGUCGGAAUAUUUCCUGCGGGAGGUGACAGCGCCUAUUCACGGGACUAAUCGCAAUGUAACUUGCGAUAAUUGGUUUACCUCUGUACCAAUUACCAGGCGAUUGCUGGAACCGUACAGGUUGUGCAUCACGGGGACAAUUCAAAAGAACAAGCGCGAAAUCCCGCAAGCAAUGAAGAUUGCAGAGCGUGAACCGCCUGCAUCUAAAUAUUGCUACGAUGACAACCUUACUUUCGUGUCGUACACGCCGAAAAAGAACAAGGUGGUGCUGUUGCUGACGUCCUACCUGCACGGAAACAACAAAGAGACAGACGGAAAGCCAGAUAUUGUUCAUUUUUACAACAAGGACAAAGGCGGGACUGAUUGUUUCGACAUGCUCUGUCACUCUUUCACAGUCAGCCGCAGAACAAAUCGAUGGCCUAUGCAAAUAUUUUUCGGCAUACUAGACCAAGCCGCAGUCAAU